AUGCCGGCUGUCUACAAGGCUUGGCUGUGCUCUGAAUAUUUCAAUGUGACACAACUACAGUGCCAACACCGGAUUCCAUGCAAGCAAUACUGCCUGGAGGUGCAGACUAGAUGCCCCUUUGUGUUGCCUGACAAUGAUGAACUGAUCUAUGGAGGGCUGCCUGGCUUCAUCUGUACGGGGUUGCUAGAGAACCAAUUUCCCAACGCAGAAGCAAAGUGCUGUGAUGUGCAGUGGGACUCCUGUGAUCGCCAACCAGACAGCAACUACAAUGCAUCCACCAAAUCCACGGAAUCAGAGUCAUUCCAUAAGCAACACCAUGACACUCCCCUUCACCAGCAACAGCAUCACUAUCAUCUCUAUUACCAUCACCACCAGUACCACCAGCCCCACCCAUCAUUGCUGCCAGUUUCUGCAGGGUCUCGCCUCAGCAACAGCAAAAUUCGGCUGUGUGUCCUGGUCCUUAUGCUUCUCCACACCAUGGUGUCCUUCUCAACUGUGCACAGCAGUGGGGCUAUUGUCAAUGGGGGGCUGAGCUUGGAGGCCCUUCCCACAAUGGAUGAGAGCCUAACAAGAGACGAGUGAACCAGAGGGGAAAGUCGA